AAACGACAAUUGUUUGAUUUUUUUAUCUAUCGCAAUUUGGGCCAACCUACACGCGGGAAUUGCCAGACGUACGGGGAAGCAUAUAUAUAUAAGUUGGAAGAGGUAAUGAUUGUGAUGAAUUCACUUUAGUUUGGAAGAAGACACGUCCUAAAAUGUUUAAAUUCGGAAUCACUUUGUGCUUCCUCUUUAUUUUCGUCUACACUGCGGAGGCAAAGCUAUUGGAGUAUACAAAAGAUUUGUAUGACGCCAAAGUAUCAACUUUGAUACAAACUUAUCAAGACAUUUACAAAAAUGCGAAUCAAGAUAUCUCUAGUAUAAUCGAAGAUAUUCUAGAAAAAUUACGAGCGUACAGAACUACAACACCUAUAAAAAUUAUAGAAGAGUUUGAAAAGAAACAAAUUGAAGCCGAUGCUCUGGUUAAUGCGGCCACGACAGUUGAUAUAGUUGAUUGCUUGAACUAUAUCAGUAAUUUGGAUGCGUUGGCAGAAAAAGCGACCAAGACUGUGAGAGACUGCUCGGACUCACAAUUGGGAGCUGUAGAAGGAAAUUAUACAAAAAUACAAGAGAGUAUAAGUGAAGCCUUCAAGAAGCUAGAAACAUAUAAAGAAAAUGCUGAAAACUGUCAUAAGGACCCUGCCAACAGCUCCAAUGCAAAAAUCAUUCAUUGUCUGAGACCGAUCAAGUCGCAACUGAUCAAAGAUGGCAAACCAAAAUUUGAAGGAACGAUCAAAAUGCUUAAUUUUUGGUUGAGAAAUUUUGAUAGGAUGAUGGAAGCCUGUGCAUCCGAAAAUUUAAACAUUUUUUAUGGCAAUGCAUCCACCCUCACUGAUACAGUCAAAAAAUGUAUUGAAACAAAAAUCAAUCUGAAAAAGUCUGCUGCACCGGUUACACAGACCAACUAAUAUUUUUUAUUUGUAUUG